AUGGAAAACAAUAGAAAGAAAACAACACCACCUGAAGCUUCAGGCGCAUGGCCAGUCAUCGGCCACCUUCAUCUUCUUGGUGGCUCCAAGCUGAUACACAAAACCUUGGGGUCUAUGGCGGAUAAGUAUGGACCAAUCUUCACCAUAAAGCUUGGUGUUCAUAACACUUUGGUGGUGAGUGACUGUAAUAUAGCUAAAGAGUCCUACACUACCAAAGAUAAGGUCUUUGCGGACCGUCCCAAAUCCGUUGCAGCAGAGGUCAUGGGCUAUAACUAUGCUAUGUUUGGCCUUGGCCCUUACGGACCAUACUGGCGACAUGUCCGGAAGGUCGUCGUCAUUCAGCUUCUCUCCAAAUACCGGCUCGAGAUGCUCGGACACAUCCGAGUGUCUGAAGUGAAGACGUCCAUAAAAGAAAUCUAUGAAAUUUGGCUGACAAAAAGAAGUACUGUUUCUUCCAAUGUGGUGAUGAUGGAGAUGAAGGAAUGGUUUGGGAACUUAACUCUGAACAUACUCAUGAGGAUGGUUGUGGGGAAGCGAUAUUCCGGUGAUGAGGAGGAGGGAGGCCGAACUAAGAAGGCCAUAAGAGAGUAUUUUGAAUUAACGAGCACGUCUAUGGUGGCUGAUGCCAUUCCUUUCCUGAGAUGGUUGGAUCUGGGAGGGCACGAAAAGGCGAUGAAGCAUAUGGCGAAGGAGAUGGACAUCAUUCUUGAAGGCUGGUUAAAAGAGCAUAAGAACAAGAGAAACUCUAGGCAGCUGGAGAAGGAUGAACAAGACUUCAUGGAUGUGGUGAUUCAGUCUGUUCUUGAUGAUACCUCUGCACAAGGGUUUUCCAGUUUUGAUGACAAUACCAUUAUUAAAGCUACAUGCUUGGUACGUAAUUGCUUACAAGACCUAUCAAACUUGAUUUAUUAUUAUGGUUCGAAUAUAACUGCUCAUAUAUGGAGUUGA